GACGCGGAUAUUUUAAGGGUCUUAAAAAAUAGUUAAACCCCAAAACGAGUGCAUUUCGGGCAUUUAUAAACGUUUAAUUGCCUUAUCGAUUGACUGGCGUGUCGCGUGGCAACUCUGAACUGUACUUUUGAUAGAGAUAAAAAACUAUUGACUAUUGAACCGUCUAUCUAUAAUCGAGAAAUUGCGCGCUAAUAUCCGCAUUGGCCAGCAAUCGUCGUCGAAUCUAUAAAUCAAAAUAAAAACAAACCCAGGAUGAGCGAAGAGGUGUCCCCAUCGCCGGUGGCCAUUGGCGAGCUCAAGUACGAGGAUGUGUCGCAGCUGAACUUCUCCAAACUGUACUCGCCGAAGAUGAAGAGCGUCUACUGGCGCUACUUUGGAUUCCCCUCGAACGACAACAACGAGGUGAUCACCAAGCAGAAUGUGGUCUGCAUCAAGUGCCACAAGGUGUUGACCAAUCAUGGCAACACCACCAAUCUGCGUGCCCAUCUGCAGCACAGGCACAAGGAUCUGUUCAAGAGCCUCUGCCAGGAGCACGACAUCCAUGUGCCGCCGCGCAAGACGCCGCGCAACGUCACCCAUCCGCCGCUCUCCAAGCGCAACGUCUCCUCGCGUCGCGUCAAGCUGGAGUUCAUCAAUAAUCGCAAUCACGACAACGCCUCCGACGAGGAACUGGAUGAGGCGGCGGUGGCCACUGCGGCCAUGCAGGCGGAGGAGGAUGCCUCCUCGCAAACGAUGCUGUACGAAACCAUGGUGCCCUUCACCUACGACGAGGCCGAGAAUCUGGUCGAGGAGGAGGAGCAGCAGCAGCGCCUGGUCAUGGAGCCCAAGUACGGACGCAAGCGCAAGCUGGCCACUCCCUCGAGCGCCCUGAUGCACGGGCGGCCCAUCAAGCACGAGGAUGGCGGCUAUACCAACAUAGCCAACCUGUCGGAGGCCCUCACGGAUAUCGUGAUCAAGGAUUUGCGCAACGUGGACUUCCUCUACGACGCCGGCUUCAGCGACUUUGUGCGCCAGGCCAUGGGCAGUUCGGCUGCCAUGCCCGAGCCGCACAAGAUCGAGUCGCUGAUCAACGAGAUGCACGCCUCCAAGUUCCUGGAGAUUGGCGAAAUGACGCGCGAGUUCACCUCCGAGAAGCCCUUCUCUUUGGCCUUUGAGCAGUGGAUCAAUGUGGAGCAGCGCCGCUUCCUGAGCAUCUAUCAUCACUAUCUGGACGAGGAGACCCAGUCGGCCAGGAGCAUGCUGUACGCCACCGUGGAGUACACAGACUAUAUAGUCUUUGACGAUCUGCUGACCGACUUUUACUUGGCCAACUGCACACUGGCUAUUAUAAACUACGACGAGGAGGAGGACCUGCUGCACACCUAUCUGCGGGAGAAGAAUAUCCCCAUUGCUUUGUGCUACGUUUCGGUCAUUGACAAAUGCCUGCGCCGCGUCUUCGAGCUCGAGGAGGUGGCCACGCUGAUAGAGCAGGUGAAAGACCUCAUGCAGCGCCAUUCCUCGGAAAUUGCCUCCAAGGUGGCCGAGGGACCCUUGCCCACGUACAACGAGCACUUCCCCUGGACCCUCUACGAGAUGCUCAAGUUCUUUGCCGAGUCCAUCUCGUGGUCCGAGGACAUGGAUCAGCUGGUUUUAUCAGCCAAGACAGUGACGGAGGCACUGAGUGCGCUGGUGAUUGCUCUGGACACUCUGCGUGGCGAGGACAUCCCCUUGUCCAGCAUGCUCUCCCCCAUCACCUCGAAGAUUCUCAUCAAGAAGCUGGGCAUUGCCGAGCAGGACGAUCCCUUAAUGAUGAACGUGAAGCGCACAAUCUCCGCCGUGCUGCAAGCGCACGUUAUAUCCAAUGACAAUUUGACCGCUGCCGCCUUGUUGGACCCGCGCUUCCACCGCCUGACCACCAUUGACAACCUGGAGAGAACCGUUCGUAUGCUGACCCAGCAGUACAACAAGAACUUUGGAACGCUGGGCGACGGGGAGUCCAACGAAGUGGCGGCAACCUCCAGCGUGGUGGCCGUCAAGACGGAGCCCAGAGCAGGCGGAAGCAACGCAGCCAGAAAGUCGAAAUUGGAACUUCUCUUUGACAUCGCCGAGAUACCUAGUCCUCCGAAGAGGGAUGCCGACAGCAGCGUGGAAACCGAUCUUAAGCGGUAUCGCAACGAAGUGGUCGUUCAGCUGGACGAGUCGCCCAUCGAGUGGUGGCUCAAGAUGGGUCACAUCUACGGAACCCUGCGCGACUUGUCCUCCCUGUACCACAGUGUGCCCGGCGUGGUGAGCCUCAGCUUCAAAAAGGCGCUGCGAGACCAAAUCUACGACUUCAACAAGCGAUUCAUGCUCACCGGGAGUCUCAUCGACGCAAUCCUCUUUCUACACCAUCACAACAAUUAGUCUGCACCGCGCAGCUUUCUGUUUUUAAAUAAUGCAAUUACACUUUAAUUACUUUAAUCUUAAUCCGAUCUUGUGUAUAUGAACAUGACUAACAGGGGCAGGGCACACAUGGCCUAUGCGCAUUUCCGCCGCACUGUAAACCAAAAGACAGCCUUGGCCGGACACAGAAGAUCUAUAGGUAUCAACGUAUAUAUGUUAAGAGUAUAUUCUGACAGCAUAGAUCCCAAUGAAACCCUUAGUCUAAGAUUACUUGUUAAAUAAAUCGAUAACCAAACAACAAAA